CAUAAUACAUGUAUUAUUAAAACUCGUUCUGGUCUGAGUUUCGGGUUUUGGCACCUCCGCCGCAUACUCUCUGGAGCAGCCACCAUGCGGAGCUUCAGGAUGAGGAACUUGUUGUCCAUUGUCAACAACACAAGGACAAAGAAAAACAUCAGAAACAACAACAACAACAAGAAGAAGAAGGUUCCCAUCACUAGCAAACACUGCAUUCCCAUCACCAAACAGUUACCACGCCUCGGAGAAGAAGAAGAAGAAGAUGGUGAUGAUGAUGAUGCAGAGGAAGAAGGUUUCAGCAUCAAAAGCUCUGCCCCAUCACACACCCACGGUGUUCAGCCCUUGGGGAAUCUCUACUUCAACCCAGGCUCCACCAACUCCAGGAACACCGGCUUAGGUAAUCUCCGGACCCUUACUGAUGAGCUUGUUCUCGAGAUUCUCGGGUUUUUGGAUGCUACUAGCUUGGGUGUUCUGGCUUCUGUUAGCAAGUCUUUUUAUGUAUUCACCAAUCAUGAACCCCUUUGGAGGAAUCUUGUGUUGGAGAAUCUUCUUGGUGGGUUUCAGUUUAAUGGGUCUUGGAAAUCUACUUAUGUUGCUGCUUGCUACCCUUCAUUUGAUAUCUCAGUUUCUGCUCUUGGGGGUUUUAAAGUUAGAGACUUUUAUUCGGAUUAUCUCUUUCAGAGCUGGCUCUGUGCUAAUCUUGAAAUGAAGCCUGAAUGGUUGGAGAGGGAUAAUAUAGUUCGAAAAAGGGGCAUUUCGGUUGAGGAGUUUGUGUUGAAGUUUGAAGAGCCAAAUAAGCCUGUUUUGUUGGAAGGGUGUAUUGAUAAUUGGGAUGCAUUGAAAAAUUGGGAUAGAGAUUAUUUGGUGGACUUGUGUGGUGAUGUUAAGUUUUCGGUUGGGCCAGUGGAGAUGAAGCUUGUAGAGUAUUUUGGGUACUCGGAUCAAGUUAGGGAAGAAAGGCCAUUGUAUCUGUUUGAUCCAAAAUUUGCUGAGAAAGUUCCGAAAUUUGGUUCUGAAUAUGAAGUUCCGGUGUAUUUUCAGGAGGAUUUGUUUGGUGUUUUGGGCAAUGAUCGACCUGACUACAGGUGGAUUAUCAUGGGACCAGCUGGUUCUGGAUCAUCUUUCCAUGUCGAUCCGAAUUCGACUUCUGCUUGGAAUGCAGUGAUCAAGGGGUCCAAGAAGUGGAUAUUGUUUCCUCCUGAUGUGAUUCCACCGGGGGUUCAUCCUAGUCCUGAUGGUGCAGAGGUGGCAUCUCCUGUUUCGAUAAUGGAAUGGUUCAUGAACUUCUAUGGUGCAACAAAAAGUUGGAAAAAGAGGCCAAUUGAGUGCAUAUGUAAAGCUGGGGAGGUCAUCUUUGUGCCUAAUGGAUGGUGGCAUCUGGUGAUCAACCUGGAGGAAUCUAUAGCCAUAACCCAAAACUAUGUUAGUAGGAGAAAUUUGUUAAAUGUCUUGGAUUUUCUUAAAAGGCCAAAUGCUUGCACACUGGUAUCUGGAACAAGGGAUCGAGUGAAUUUGUAUGAUAAGUUCAAGAAUGCUAUUGAGGCUUCUUUUCCUGGAGAAAUUGAUGAACUGACCCAAAAAGAACAUGAGAAAAAGAUCCAACAGAAGAAGCUUUCCUACUGGGAUUCUGUUACCGAUCCCAGCAUGGGAGCUUUCAAGUUCUCUUUCUAGAGAAAUAUUUAGUGACAACUGAUGUUGCUGAUGAACAUUUCAGAUAGAUGAUAGAAAUCAAUUUUGACAUUUUGAUUAGUUUUUUAUUGAUUGUACUGUUCCUAUUUUUUUAAGGUGCUGUCAAAAUCAUGACCAUUAUUUUGAUUGGUUUUUUAUUGAUUGUACUUUUCCAAUUUUGUCUA